UUUUGGUAUGAUCCCUAUCCCCUUACCCAGAUAGAAGAGGGGGGCCGAUCCUUAUCCGGUAUCCGAUAGUUGUUUGUAUUCCCGUCUGUCGAAAACCUUGCAAAAUGCUUACCAUGGUACCGUCCGACCCCGUCCAUGAUCCUCCAUGACCAUCCUGGCUACAUUGACUUUCUUCUUUGGCCUCACCUUCACCAGCAGUUGAGAGGCAGCUGGAAGCAUUACGAGAGUGAGGACCUGGUGAGGACUUUGAUUCGGGGGUUCCAGGUUCACAAUGCAGACAUCGACCCCCAGUACUCGCAGCUCACAUUGGAAAAUGGCGAGCUCCAAUUAUCCAAGGCUUUCGAGCGGGUCCUAGCGGAUGAUUCAAACUUUUGCAUGCAACCUUAUCUAUUCACCCGACCCCCGAGCAUUGCGCGGGGCGGUUCUCUUGUUGUUUCCGAGCCUCCAGCAGCACCUGAAAGCUUUGGAUGCCCGACACAUACAGUGGGUGGUGUUUUGGAUACCGACGGGCGACAAGCCCUUUCUGGGCAUGGUGUCUGGGCCUCGACAUCUCCUUCUCAAAACACCAGGUACCUUCAAGGCUCUAUCACCAGUGCAAUUUCACAGUGCCCACAACUGCUAGACCACGAUACGACCCAAUCUAGCGAGACGGUAUUCACGGAUUGUAUCGAGGGCAACUCUUUGGCUUGGGAUGAUAUGAUGGCCGCCAGCAGCUUCUCCAUAGAUGCUGUAGGGGAGUUUUGAGUGAUAAGGCACCAGAGGUCGAUGACUACAAUCGAUAAUGCAAAACUGCCAAAAUACCGCGUGUUGUAUGAGCCUUGAGGUGAACAGAUCAUGACACAGAAAAAUGUUCGGCAUCACCGUAGGUUGACACCCGCAAGUCAGCCGAAAUCACCGGCAUCAAGUUUGUCCACUG